AUGAAGGUGGCGAAGAAGUGGAAGUUAGAGCAACAUCAGCCACAGUUCAAAGAGCACAUGGUUGUCACAGCAGCAUCGCCUGUGCCAAUAAAGGGGGGUGACUGCGAACACCCUAGGAAAUCUGAGCAUUCAAAAGACACUGAACUCGCUGAACACCCGCAAAAGCCACGUUAUCCGCUCAAGAGAGGCGGUAUAUCACAUACACUCCUCAACGCAGACCCCAACGAAAAUGAAACUCCUGGCAGCAAGAACAAGUUUUACCGCGUUCAAGUAACAGACUAUGAGCCAGGCCCAAAUGAUUAUGAUUACUAG